ACAGGACUAAGGACCAAAGGCCUUUGUGGGCGCUGAAAUCCUCCAUCUCUGCCUCCAGCCAUGAGCCGGCGCGUGGUUCGGCAGAGCAAGUUUCGCCAUGUGUUUGGGCAGGCGGCGAAGGCUGACCAGGGCUAUGAGGACAUCCGUGUGUCCAAGGUCACGUGGGACAGCUCCUUCUGUGCCGUCAACCCCAAGUUCCUGGCCAUUAUUGUGGAGGCUGGAGGUGGAGGUGCCUUCAUCGUCCUGCCUCUGGCCAAGACAGGAAGAGUGGAUAAGAACUACCCACUGGUCACUGGGCACACUGCCCCGGUGCUGGACAUCGACUGGUGCCCACACAAUGACAAUGUCAUCGCCAGUGCCUCAGAUGACACCACCAUCAUGGUGUGGCAGAUUCCAGACUAUACCCCUAUGCGCAACAUUACCGAACCCGUCAUCACACUAGAAGGCCACUCCAAGCGUGUGGGCAUCCUCUGCUGGCACCCCACUGCCCGGAAUGUCCUGCUCAGUGCAGGUGGCGACAAUGUGAUCAUCAUCUGGAACGUGGGCACUGGGGAGGUGCUCCUGAGCCUGGACGACAUGCACCCGGACGUCAUCCACAGCGUGUGUUGGAACAGCAAUGGUAGCCUGCUGGCCACCACCUGCAAGGACAAGACCCUGCGCAUUAUCGACCCCCGCAAGGGCCAGGUGGUGGCGGAGAGGUUUUCGGCCCACGAGGGGAUGAGGCCCAUGCGGGCCGUCUUCACGCGCCAGGGUCAUAUCUUCACCACGGGCUUCACCCGCAUGAGCCAGCGAGAGCUGGGCCUGUGGGACCCGAACAACUUCGAGGAGCCAGUGGCACUGCAGGAGAUGGACACAAGCAACGGGGUCCUACUGCCCUUCUACGAUCCCGACUCCAGCAUCGUCUACCUGUGCGGCAAGGGCGACAGCAGCAUUCGGUACUUCGAGAUCACCGACGAACCACCCUUCGUGCACUACCUGAACACGUUCAGCAGCAAGGAGCCCCAGAGGGGCAUGGGUUUUAUGCCCAAGCGGGGACUGGAUGUCAGCAAAUGCGAGAUCGCCCGGUUCUACAAGUUGCACGAAAGAAAGUGUGAACCCAUCAUCAUGACUGUGCCCCGCAAGUCAGACUUGUUCCAGGACGACCUCUACCCAGACACGCCGGGGCCCGAGCCGGCCCUAGAAGCGGACGAAUGGCUGUCGGGCCAGGACGCCGAACCCGUGCUCAUCUCACUGAGGGAUGGUUACGUUCCCCCCAAGCACCGCGAGCUCCGAGUCACCAAGCGCAACAUCCUGGCUCGGGACGGGCUGCGAAUGGAACCCCUUCCCUCGGGGAGGCCUGCACAAAGGGAGCGUCGCGGAGACGCGCGUCCGCCGGGCACCGGGCUGCCGGCCUUGUCCAGGACUCAGCAGGAGCUGGCCUUGGGAGGUCCGGGGUGCCGGGGCCUCGGCGACGGUGCUGCGCAGCGAGACGGGGUCCGCUCUGUCCCCAGCUCAGGGCAGAGGAAGUACUUAGUUAUUAGCGUGAUGUUUGGGGAUAUUGGGGAACUUGGGCUUGACCUCAAAGAGGUGACGAUUUGA